AUCAGGUCUGGUACAGGCAGUUUGCACUUGUGUCACUUGUGCCAUUUCCACAUCAUAAUCAUUGAAGCAACAGCAGCAGUGCCGUCGAGUACGCGAAGCUCAUUGCAUUACGAGAGGAAGAGUUCGAGAGUGUAUAUUUAAUAACUCAUCAUCAUCGUCGGGGGAGAGAGCCUCCACAUAUGAGAUAUAGUGAGGGUGCUGGCAAGAAAUGUGUAUGUGAUAAUAGCAAUUUGUUUUAGUGCAAUUUUGUAAUUACGAACAUCCCCCUGCCGUUGGGACGACCCGGGGGCGCCAUCUGACCUCGAGUCCCUGAAGAAGUAAAAAGUCGGUCACCGCCUACUGGACAGCGAAGAGAAAAGUGCUACUACUGCGGUUAGAUUCACUGUGCAAAACACGAGACAAAGUUUCGAGAAAGUGCAGACGAAGCUAUUAAGUCGUCGGAAUACCCGCGGGAUUAUUUCUGUUCGCGCGCGCUCACACCUUUUGCUGUGUGUUCGUUCCGUAUGAAGAAAGGGUCAACGUGUGGUGUCGAACCCGCUGUCGCCGCCGUCAGUUCCUGAUCCGGCGCGCCUAACCUCCAAACGUCCGGAUCACCCCGUAAACCGGUCGUCGUACCGUGUCUGUGACAGUGUUUCCAAUUGAACGGCGCAACGCAUGCAUUCACCGCACGGAUCGAUUCGCCGGCCAUCGACCAAGACCAAGCCACCGCAGCAGCUGUCGUCGUCGCUCGGUCGAGGAGAAAUUGCUAAAAUAAGGCCAGCGACGAUCGUCCUACCCGACGACGGCGAUCAACGGCCGACGUACAUAACCUAGAAAAAGCGCACACUGCGCUCACGAACACGGAUUACCAUAUUGCACCUCCCUGCUGGAGAGGGCAGCGCAGCACUGUAGCAUGUAAACGAUUCGUCGCCACCGUGAAUUGUUGAUGCGCAUCGCGCUCGCCGGAGGUUCUACCGGGUCGUGCGGAAAUUGCCGAUUUGUUGGCAGUUUUGUUUUGCCCGUUGUAAAUAUUAGCGCGCGAUUUUUCUUUCCUGGUAACGAUCGACGGAAGCGCAAGGAGAGGUGUACAUAAUUAAUGAUUUAUGGUACAAAUAAACCGGCAACAGCAGCGCCAGCGGUCAGCUCGAUGAAGUCCAAAGUUCAAACUAGCAUUAGGCAGAGCACGCCCUCGUUGGGUCGAUGGGGCCGAUCGACGGUCACGUCCAGCCCGAUUGCCAUCCCGGCCGGCGCAGGAGGAGGAGGAGGUGGCGAUUCCGAGUACCUCGGUGCAAGUCCACCACACAGUCCGAAUUCACCGCCGCCGAUUCCUCCGCGGCCCGUCGCCCGGCAGUCCAGCUUCACCAAGAUUGGCUACAUGAUCAACACGGCCGUUAACGGGACCAAGAAGCAGUUUAUCAGCAGUACCAGUGGAGGCAAUGGCGAUACAUCGUGGUGCUUUUCACAGAUAAAGGGUGCGCUGGACGACGAUGUGACCGACGCGGACAUCAUCUCGUGCGUGGAGUUCAACCACGAUGGCGAACUGCUGGCCACCGGCGACAAGGGCGGCCGGGUUGUCAUAUUCCAGAGAGAUCCUGCCUCGAAAUCGUCGAACCCGCGGCGCGGCGAGUACAACGUCUAUUCCACCUUCCAGUCACACGAGCCCGAGUUCGACUACCUAAAAUCGCUAGAAAUAGAGGAGAAAAUCAACAAGAUCAGAUGGCUCCGGCGCAAGAACCAGUCGCACUUUCUGCUGUCCACCAACGACAAGACGAUAAAGCUGUGGAAGGUGUCGGAGCGGGACAAACGGGUCGAGGGGUACAACACGCGGGAGGACAACGGCAGCAUACGGGACCCGGCGAUGAUCAGCUCGCUGCGGGUGCCGUCGAUAAAGCCGAUGGACCUGAUGGUGGAGGCGUCGCCCCGCCGGAUCUUUGCCAACGCUCACACCUACCACAUCAACUCGAUCUCGGUCAACUCGGACCAGGAGACGUACCUGUCGGCGGACGAUCUGCGGCUGAACCUGUGGCACCUGGAGAUCACCGACCAGAGCUUCAACAUCGUCGACAUCAAGCCGGCCAACAUGGAGGAGCUGACGGAGGUCAUCACGGCGGCCGAGUUCCACCCGACCGAGUGCAACGUCUUUGUCUACUCGAGCAGCAAGGGCACGAUCCGGUUAUGUGAUAUGCGGUCGUCGGCGCUCUGCGACCGGCACGCGAAGCUGUUCGAGGAGCCCGAGGACGUGGACAUCACCAACAAGAGCUUCUUCCGCGAGAUCAUCAGCUCGAUCAGCGACGUCAAGCUGAGCAACACCGGCCGGUACAUGAUCUCCCGCGACUAUCUGAGUAUUAAGGUGUGGGAUCUGCACAUGGAGACGAAGCCGAUCGAGACGUACCCGGUCCACGAGUACCUCCGCACGAAGCUUUGCUCGCUGUACGAGAACGACUGCAUCUUCGACAAGUUCGAGUGCUGCUGGAACGGCAACGACAGCUCGAUCAUGACCGGCAGCUACAACAACUUCUUCCGCGUGUUCGACCGCAACAGCAAGAAGGACGUGACGCUCGAGGCGUCCCGCGACAUCAUCAAGCCGAAGACGGUGCUGAAGCCGCGGAAGGUGUGCACCGGCGGCAAGCGGAAAAAGGACGAAAUCAGCGUCGACUGUUUGGACUUUAACAAGAAGAUCCUGCACACGGCCUGGCACCCGCUCGAGAACAUCAUCGCCGUCGCCGCAACCAAUAAUCUAUUUAUAUUUCAGGAUAAGUUUUAGCUAAUCGUAAGCGUAGUAGUAAUUAUUAUUGUCAAAAAACAAUUAUAAAUGUGUUUAGGUUGAAAAAGAGGAGGCAGAAGCGGCGGCGGAAGCGCAGAGAAAGAGCGUGCGGGAAGGAUUAAGAAUCAAGAGUGAGGUAGGUGGAAGGGUGAGUGAGAGAUCUAGGAGGAGGAAUUUGAAGCGAUUUGAGGUGAAGUAAGGGGGGGGAAUUAAUCCAGUGGUAUAUUUCGAAUAAAAAGAGAGAAAAGCUGAAAGGGCGCGAGUGCGGGGGAGGGUAAAUUGAGAGGGGUUCAAAACGAUGUGAAAAGCUUUUUAUAAUAUACCAUACAAUAGAGGAGAAAACUUAAACUAAAAAAAACACACACAGCAAAUAAAAAGAGAAAGGGGGGAAGUUAAAAUAAAAAAAAAAUAUUCAAAAAAACAAUUAUUAUUGCUAUUAUCCUUAAUUAAUAAACGAAAGUAACGAAAAAAAGCAAGGAUAAAAGAAACAAACACACGCAACAGAGCAAAAAGUGCAUAAUUAAAGCAGAAAGUGCAUUUUUUUUUGUGGUGGGAUGAAAGGGUUCGAGUGAAAGAUUUGCUGCAAGCGAGUGAGAGCGCGUGUGAGAGAGUGUAAGCUUAAAGCAGGAAUAAGAUGAACAGCAGCAGCAGCAGUAAAAAAACGUAAGGAAGCGCGAUUACGAUUAUUGUAUCAAUUAAUUGAUAGUUUAGUCUUAAAUUUGAUCAUCCCGCGUUGCGCAUCCAUAAUCAUCAUCGCAUCAAAUGUUGCUGUUCAACAGCAGCAGCCCAUCAUCGUCAUCAUAAGUUUUUAUUAUUAAUUACAGAAUUACGUAUCAAUUAGGCCGCGCGCGCGAGUUCGAGAGAUUAAAAGAAGGACGAAGGGGUGAAACACACAAAACACAAUACACACACAAUAGGAACAACAAAGGAGAAAACAAAGUAAAUCAUAAUGCUAUCUAAUUAAAAUAGAAAACAAACAAAAAAAAAAACAAA